AUGAAUCUUCUUAUUGAACAACGUUCAACAUCAAUAACGUCGAAAUUGCAAGCAACUCAAUCACCAUUAUCGAAUGAAAAUGAUGUGAAUAAUAGUUUAUCAUCUUCACCGCUGAUACUUAAAAUAAAGCGGCAAUCAAAUUCAUUACCAAUGACAAACGACGAUAAUAACACUAAUAAUCAACGUUUAAAACGUCCUAUUCCUAAUUCAACUACACGUCGGCCAUCUUCACCUGCAUUUAAUGGUAAACAACAAGUAACCAAACGUUCGAUGACGAUUGAUAAUAACAACAAUGAUUUGACACCAAAUCUUGACGAUAGUUUAUCGAUGAAGCGAUUCAAACAAGAUGAUUUAAGUCAGUCAUCAUCAACUAAAGUGGAUGCCAGUGUUGAAACAGUCUCCAUUGGUUUAGCUACUGAACCUGAUCAGCUUGGUCCCUGUGAGCCUAAGGCAUCGUUUGGAAUGAAACUGACAGCGGUAAGNCUUAAGCAGUCAUCAUCAACUAAAGUGGAUGCCAGUGUUGAAACAGUCUCCAUUGGUUUAGCUACUGAACCUGAUCAGCUUGGUCCCUGUGAGCCUGGUACAAGUGUUGUAUUAGAAGGCAUCGUUUGGAAUGAAACUGACAGCGGCGUACUCGUGGUUAAUGUAACAUGGCGAGGGAAAACGUAUGUUGGAACAUUACUUGAUUCAACAAAACAAGACUGGGCAUGUCCUAGAUUAAUAUGUGAAUCACCAACAAGUGAUUACGAUGCUCGACAUAGUAAUAAAACUAGUCGUACGAAGCGUACGAGCGCCGGUGGUAAUAAUCGUUGUUUGAAUUCUCAGUCGACAUCUUUGCCUCAACAAUAUUCGUUGUAUAUGAAUUCAUCAGGUUCAGACGAUCGAAAGCUACGAAAUAACAUCAAAACAAGACAGUCAAAACGAAUAAAUCUCAGUUCUAUAGAUGAAACUAGUACCACUACCUCCUCGAAUGCAACAUCAAACACUUCGUCGCCGUUGUCCUCACCUUUUCGAGCAAAUACAACAUUUUUUCCACCGUCGUCGUCAUCAUCAUCAUCAAAUCCGGAAGGACAAUUAAUUACAUGUCCCGAAUCGCAAUGUUGUAAACGAUUCGUUUCAACCUUAGCUCUUAAUUAUCAUCUAAGUAAUGCUCAUAAAAAAACAGAUGCCAACAGCUCCACGUCAAUGCCACAAGCGAAUACACGAGACGAAGAAGAUGUUGCACACAUUCUAGCUAAUGUGGCUGAUUAUGUACGUCGACCAUCACCUCGUUCUUCUCCCGAUCAUCAACGUUCAACAACACUGACAUGGCCAUGUCCGCAAAUAUCUUCGAAUCUUGUUCUCUCAUCACCUUUAAUCAAUAAUGAACCAUCAACUAUUCCCGUUUCGACCAAUCCGACCAAAUCUAUUCUUAAUAACACUGAGACAAAUACCGAGCAAGAUGAAGUCAAAGCACCCGAUCAUUUCUUACUACAUAUCAACGAUGAAUCACGGACAAAUACGAAAAAUGACUCCAGCAAUGAAAAUAAAAAGACUCUGAAGAUUUCCACUCCGCCACCCUCAUCUUUCGUACCCAUCAAUCUAACUCCAACAAUUGCACCACCACCACCACCGUCAUCACCAGCCUACUCGGAUAUAUCAGAUGAAGAUCCUUCAACAGCGAUAGCAAACGUCACCCAAGAUUCCGAAAAAACUCUCACUCCAUCGACAAUCAAUUUGUUAACAGCAACUAAUGGAAGAAUUGAUGAAAACGAUCAAUCAAUAAUAUCAAAUGCACCAUGGACAGCACAAAUGCUUUUACAACAAUAUGGUUCUUAUAUUCAGCAACAAACAUCCAAUUGUUCGAACAGUAAAACCAAUUCAAAUAGUACUGAUGAUUCCACUGUGAAAAAUAUUCUCGAUUCUGGACGUUUAUCACUACCAAAAGUACCAUCCCCAUCUUCAAAUGCUGAUUCAAAUGCAUUAGAAACAGAUUUACCAUCGCUGAAUGAAAAUCUCCUUCAUCCUUCAACAACAACAACAACAAGUUCUUUAUCUUCAACACAUCAGACUCGGUGA